AGGGGCGAAAAGCGUGAAAGUGAUAAAUAUACGUGACGGCAACGUUAACUUAACCUCCUCACCACCAUCGCCCAAAAAAACUCUCCCUCCAAAUAAUCCUGUCUCACAUUUCUCAUUCCUUCUUAUUCCAGCAAAAACCUAAUUCAAUCAAAGUCAAUCAAUUUCUUCUUCAUUUUCUCUCUCCUCUCUUCGAUCGAUCUCUCCAUGUCGAUAAAAAGUGUGAAAGUGUGCAAUGUCUCCCUUGGAGCAUCAGAACAAGACAUAAAAGAGUUCUUCUCAUUUUCUGGUGAAAUUGAACAUAUUGAGUUGCAAAGUGAGAAUGAGCGAUCUCAAACUGCAUAUGUCACUUUUAAGGAUGCUCAAGGUGCAGAAACCGCUGUUCUUCUUUCUGGUGCAACCAUAGUUGACCAAUCAGUAACAAUAGCUCUUGCACCGGAUUACAAGCCGCCAGCUACUGCAUCAGCACCACCAACGGCCACUGAGAACACUGGCGCUGUUGGGUCCCCAGUGCAGAAGGCUGAGGAUGUUGUCACUACUAUGCUUGCCAAGGGCUUUGUCCUGGGGAAAGAUGCACUGAACCAGGCAAGGGGGUUCGAUGAAAAGCAUCGCUUUACAUCUACUGCUUCCGCUACAGUUGCAUCUCUGGACCAAAAAAUUGGCUUGAGUGAGAAGUUUAACAUGGGCACAAGCUUGGUAAAUGACAAGAUGAAGGAAGUUGACCAGAAAUUCCAAGUCUCAGAAAAAACGAAAUCUGCAUUCACAGCUGCAGAGCAGACUGUUAGUAAUGCUGGAUCUGCCAUUAUGAAGAAUCGCUACAUUUUGACAGGGACUUCUUGGGUUACUGGUGCUUUUAGCAGGGUUGCCAAGGCCGCCGAGGAUGUUGGUCAGAAAACAAGGGAGAAGAUGGCCGAGGAGGAGAAAGGAAGAAACACAGCAGCUGGCUAUUCUCAGGUAUCUGAGUCUGGUUCCCCAAGAGCCAGUGGUCACCAGUGAGUGACAAGGGUUUGAUCUUGUAAUGCGACUUUUCAUCUGAAAUUUGUAGCUGGUGAAGUUUCAUCAUGCCCCACUGUAAUUUGAUGUUUUUGGUUGGUUUAGUAGCAGUUUUAGAUGUAUAGAUUGUCAAGUGAAGUUUGUGGUGUUUAUUCUACUCCAGUUUUACAGCGAGGUUUUGUAUCGUUUGUAUGGUCAUAUGUUAAUUUAACUAAGCUCUGCAUAUAUUUACCAGUUA